AUGAGCGCCGAGUCACGUUCCCUGCGCCGCAUCGGCGACCGUUCGACGGCCUUCGACGAGAGCGGCCUGUCGCACGAGGAGCGGCUCGACGUCGCCCGGCGCCACGCCGAGCAGGUCUUGGCCGACCGGGUCCGGCAGGCGCCGCGGACGGCGGCACUUGCAGAGGCGCGGGGGCCGAUCCUCAAGCAGUCGGCGCUCAUCGGCGCCGCUGCGGGCUGCCUAGGCGUCGCGGGCGCCAGCCGCGCGCUCUCGCGCCGCCAGAUGCUCACCGCCCAGCGGCUGCCUGCCAGCUCCUUUGUGAUCUUCGUUUCCUUUUUCAUGCCCUUUACGUUUGUGGCCAACUUCUCGCGCACUCGACUGCAGAAGCGAGCUGCGUCGCGUGUGGCGGAGAGUGAGGGCGUCAGAUGA